AAACCUCUACUAGCAUUCCUAAUCUUAAAGCUAAAUUCUGGGCCUUUAUGGAAAACAAUCAAGUAUCAUAUAUUAAGUCAAGAAUCAAUAGAGACACAAACCAACCACUUAAGGGGCUGCAUUACACUAUCGAUCCAAGUAAAAUGCUCACAAAAUGCCAAUGCUAUAAUAGUGGGGUGCAUAUCAUUGUACUCACAAGUGAAGCCAUGUCUCUUUGGACCUUUUCAAAAAACAAUAAACACUAUUUAACCAAUGCUCCUGAAAAAAUAAUAGAACAGCUACAAGCACACCCUGAAGUCAACGCUACCUCUACUGUUAUGAUCGGCAACAACCUACCUGACAAAGAUACCUUUCAGCUAAAUGAGAAUAUGAUAGAAGAUAUUAAGCAAUUGAUAUCAAAUAUUUGUCCCUUCCCAAUAAUAGACCUAAUAACAAAAGAUGAACUAGACUUCUAG